AUGAAAACCGGCCCCGAGGCGGGCGGCGGGCGGCGGGAGGCGGGCAGAGUCCGCGGCCGCCCCGCCCCGCCCCGCGCGGUCGGGCUCCGGGUGUGGUCGCAGCAACAGCCGCCGCGACACCCGCCGGGACACCCGCGGCCGCGCGCUCCUCCUCCCGCGGGCGCGUCCCGCUCCGCCCGGGGCAGCCUGGGGCGGCCGCCCGCCCGCCGCGCGCCCCCCGGCUCCGCGGGAGCCCCCGCGCCCGCCGCCCUGCGCCUCCCGCUGAGCCUGACCCCCGAGGCCGUCCUGCUGCUCCAGGGGCGCCACCUGCAGAAGCCGCUGCUGGCGCCGCCCGCCCCCCGCCGCCCGCAGGCCCCGCCGCCGCGCGCCGCGCUGCCCGUGUCCCUGCACAGGUACGACGACGUGGAGGACGAGGACGAGGCGGCCCCGCCGCGGGACGACGGCCUGGUCCGCAGGUGCACCGAGUGGCUGCGCGGCGUGGAGGCCGCCGCCCGGGCGCGCGACCGCGCGGGGCCCCUGGACGCGCUGCCGCACCUGAGCACGCUGUGAGCCCCGGGGCGGGGGCGGGGGCAGGACCAGCGCCCCUGCUGCCCGCCGCCCCCAGGGGCACCGCACACCCCACCUCCCGCCCCACCUCCCGCGCUCCGGGAGCCUGAGGGCCCGCCUGCGACCCAGGCUGCUGGGACCCCUGCACCCCCACCCGCAGACAGCACCCCCCUCUCCCUCCCCCCACUCCUCUGGGGCUCCCCCAACGACUUUGCCUCCUGUUCGCGCCCCGGGAGGCCUAAGGGCUCAGCUGUUGAGGACGAAGCCCCCCGGAGGUUCUGGGAGGUCCCAGGCACCCUCUGGCUCGCCGUUGUCCGUGUCACGGUGGGAGGGCGCUGGGCACCGGGUGCCCUGCUCUGAGCAGCAGGUGGCCGCCGCCAGGAGGGCAGCCACCGGGGUGGCUUGUCUGCUGCAGAACUGGACCCGGCGCUGCAUUUAUGAUUUUGUUUCUCCGAAAUGGAACACCUGUCGGGAGACUGGAAAGCUUGGCGAUUCACGUGAACCUGACUCUCCAACUCCAAAUGGGAAGCGUAGGACCUCCAGCUGUUGUCACUCCUCCGUCCACCUGGUGAGUGAGGCUGGAAUGGCAGGGGCUCUGUGCCCACGGAGGACUCGUCGGGGCCUCUAACCCCGUGCAAGCCUGCGCACACCUGCCCACGCAGCCACAGGCGGGCUCGCUCAGGAACACUUCCACUCUGGCUCACACUCUCACUGAUCGCUGCACUCACACACUGGCACACUCCCGCAGCCUCACACUCAGUGCUGUCACACACGCGCACACACACAUGGACACAUGUGCGUCUCCGUGGAGCUCGGCUGCAGGAAUCGUUUUUAGAGGCUGGGCCAAGACGUGAGCAGGAGCAAGGGGUCAGCUUCUGCUAAAAUUCACUGUUUUUAUUUGAAGCGCUGCUCACGGAGUAACUUCUGUGCUCCAGAAAGAAUGGCCAACCACAGGGACUUGGGGAAAACGCAAAAAGCUGUCUGCAGAUGUAGAACAAAAUGUUCCCGGCCAGAGGAGCAAGGGAGGAGGUGGGAAUUGCUGGGCGGGUGUGGGGUAGCUGUGUAUGUUUUCAGCAUUUUUAAUCACUGUGUAAAAAUCAGUAACAUGGUGGCUUCUCUCAGUUGUGUAUAGUGAUUUUAAAGAACAAAAUUUCUACUCAUUUGAAUAGAGGGUAAAAACUCCUCGGCCUUCUAGGAGCCAGCCAUACCUUUCCUGUUAAACUCCAGGCUGAUCUCUUGAUAUUUCCUGCAUGCAUCUGAUUAUAUUUAGUUGAGAAGGAAAAAAAAAUGUCAUCAUCAGAUAAGGCGGUCAUAGAAGAGUAAUGUAUUCCCUCAACUUUGACUUACUUUGUAAAAGUCAGUAAGUAGCUGAAUGUUCAUCUUGUUGGACUUUGCUGUGGUAGGUCUUCAUUACAUUUUACUUUGAAACCUUACAUUUUUAAAAAACCGAUUUUUUAUUUUCCUUGUGCUCUUUGCUCUAGUUCCUCUCUCUCUCUGUCUCUCUCUCUCUCUGUCUCAGCACAAAUCUAGACAAACGUGGAGCAUUUAAUUCAGCAGGAGCUAGGUCAGCCACCAGAUGAGUUGCCAAAACAAAACCCCUACCCACUGAAUAGCUUGUGUUUUCUUGACUCCUGUUCGAAUGCAAAGAAGAGCUCGGGUGUCCUUUAUGUUAGAGGGGUGUAUUGAUAGCAGGCGGCCCAGCGCAGGUGCGAUCUUGCGAGGUGACAGAGGUGACAGGUGAGGUGGAGGCGAGUCUGCGUGGAUGCUGGCGGGAGGCAGAGCAGAGCGCUGGUUCUGGACGGGCCUGGCUCGGAGCGGACCGAAAGCUCAGCCGGGCAGGGCGGUAACGCGCUCCGUGCACUCAGAGCAGCGACCAGCGGCCACCGAGAGGCACCGAGCCUCUGCUCCUUCCAGUAACAUUGUAAAGACCGUCCUAAAGUAAUCGACUUUUCCAGACCUCUUUCUGUGCCUGCCCGUGUGUGUGUGUGUGUGUGUGUGUGUGUGUGUGUGUGUGUCCCUGGUCCCGUUGCUGUCACAGUGCGUGGGUCUGUGUGUCCUUGUCACUUCUUGGUCUCCUUCUCACCGUCCCCAUCUGUCUUAACUGGGUUCCCUGGGACACUGAGCUCUUUUUUCUCCGAUGGCAUUUGUCGAACGGAGUUUUUGGUGCCUUGUUCCUCACUGUCAAAGCAGAUGAGUGGAAUGUUUAUGUUGCUCGGGUGGAUGACCCUCAAUAAAAACAAAAAGGUUCUACGCACGACACACGAGGUCUCUUCGUGUUGUUGCUGACAUUUUGAGAGUUUUCUCUGAGUCACUGCGCUGCAGCUUCUUCAUGUUGAAAUAAAAGAGAAAAAUUCAA